AGGCGGCGGCAGCUCAUUGGUCGCUGAGAGAAGGGGUGAGAAACACUCGCGAGCGCAGCCGUUCCUCUCGUCACUUGCUUGUCCCUUCGCUCGGAGGGGGUGUCUCCUCUGGCCGAGUGUGACUCCACGGGAAGCUGUGACCCAUGGAACCCACCGAGAUGCCCGCCGUGCGCCCCGCGGCCGAGCCCCCUGCCGCCCCGAGCACCGAGCUCGUACCCCGGAGGACGGUCAGCCGCUCUCCCACCUGCGCCCGCUGCCGCAACCACGGCGUCACCGCCCACCUCAAGGGCCACAAGCGCAUGUGCCUCUUUCAGACUUGCGAGUGUCACAAGUGUGUGCUCAUCCUGGAGCGCCGCAGGGUCAUGGCGGCCCAGGUGGCCCUGCGCAGGCAGCAGGAGGCGCAGCUGAAGAGGCACCUAACUCAGGGGCUGAUGAGGAAGGGGACAGCCCCCCACAAAGCUCCCAGCCGAGCCAAGAAGGCAGCGGCCCCAGCAGGGCUCUCCUCUGGAAAGGAGAACAUUGCCCCCCAGCCCCCUCAUGGGGCAGUCCCGCUGACGCUGACACCGCCCGGGAAGGAGCAACCUCGGGGGCCCUUGCUGCUGAGCCGACCCCCAGAAGCCUUGCCUUUACCCUGGACUCCACUGCCUCCGGGCCCCUGGGCUCCCGGCCCCUGGCUGCCUCCCAGCCUCGCCAUGCCAGCUCCGGUGGUGUGCCGCCUGCUGUGCCAGGAACCUGCCAUCCCGCUGCACCCAUUCCCUGGCUUUGACUCUGGCACCUCCCUCCGGCUGCCCACCCAUGGGCCCCUCCCACCCUGCUCAGGACCUUGUUCCGUACUGACGGUUCCUCUUUCUGGGGAACCUCAAGGGCCCCCCAGCCUGCCCCGCACGUGCUCGACCCUGAUAGUCCAGUCCUGUGGUUCCCCAGACCCGCUUCUGCUGCAGCCACAGUCUGCUUCUCUCUCUUUGCAGGCCCCUGUAGCCCCUCGCCUGGCCUGGACAUCUGCCUCCUCAGAGCGGCAGCUGCAGCGGGAGGCAGCUGAGGCCCUUGUGGGCCUGAAAGAUUCCUCCCAGGCUCCCCGCCUGACCCCUUCUGUGCCCCCCAACCCCACCUGGAUCUCCUUGCUCCACCCCUGUGGACCACCAGCUCCAACAGGAGGACGCGGAUUCCAGCCAGUCGGGCCCUCACUCUGCCCCAGCUCAGCUCCGUCCAUGGCUCUGCACAUCGGCCGCCUCGGGUCCAUCUCCCUGCUGAGCUAGAAUCCUGAGCAGAGGCCGCCUGGCGGGGCAAGAGGCCCGAGCCGCAGGCGCAGGCCAGGGGCAGGGAGUGAGUGUAGUACACAUUCGGUUUAAGCUUCGGGGUGCUUCAGUAGCUUUCAGUUCCUUCCAUAGUGUGGGCAUUUCCUUGACCCAGGAUGCAUGUUCUCAAACUCAGCCUUACAUCCUGAGACCUUUUAAAUUCCCAACAAAGAGUUGUGCAGUUUAAGGCAACCAGCACCUGCCUAGGUUUUUGCGUGAGUUUGUGUUCCAGGGUAUGUGUUUGACACACGAUGCUGUAUCUGUACACUCCUGCCUGUCUCCAUGCAUGUGAAAGCGGGAGAGUAUUUCGUUUUGCAUACCGGUUUAUGUGAGUCAGAAAUAAGUCUUCAUGCUUUUUAAAAAGCCAGUGAGAUUUGGGGGUUGUUAUCACAGCGUAAAUCAGCCUAUCCUGACUGACAAAAAGGACUUGUUCAAUCCAUUUCUCAAAGUAAAAACCAAUUAUUCAUUAACAACCUGAAAUAAAUAUUUGUUCCUUAA